GGAGAUGAGUAUUGUCUUCCUUAUGGAGGGUCAUGUUGGAGGUGUGAUAUCCCAGUGAUGGAUGUACUCAAAAAUGGUAGGGAGAUGGUCAGGAGGAGAGUGUUUUCUAUCUUAUGGAGGGACAUCAGACUAAUAGUGGGUUCACGACAGUAACAACCAGGGGCGGACUGACCAUUUGGAAACUUGGGCACUGCCCGAGGGCCCAGGGUCAGUAGGGGGCCCCAUGAGAUGCCCCUGGUACCUUUUUCAUAGGCUUUUUUGAGUUUGGGCAAGGACACAGGGGCCCCAGGAUCCCCUAUUGCCCGGGGGCCCCAUGA